CGAACAAUGACAGGAAAAAUGCCCAGGGGUUAAGUUUGGGCCUCAUAGAUGCUAUUAUGUGGGCCUAAUAAUACAUAAAUCUUGGGGUAAGUGGUCAAGUUUGGUCUGCAUAAAACCCUGUUUGCUACCCAAUAACUACUCGGCGUGAAAUGAAAAACACACCACUACAAAAACCCUAAUUUCAGUUCACCACUGCCAAUUCUCCACACUUCGAGCAGGGCGCAGCGUAAGCAAAGGGCAAGGGAGCUAUGGGCAUUGACUUGGUCGCCGGAGGUAAGAGCAAGAAAACCAAGCGCACCGCGCCGAAAUCCGAUGAUAUAUACCUCAGGCUCCUCGUUAAGCUGUACCGAUUUUUGGUGAGGAGGACUGGGAGCAGGUUCAAUGCGGUGAUACUGAAGCGGUUGUUCAUGAGCAGGGUCAACAAAGCCCCCGUGUCUCUAUCCAAACUAAUGGCACUCAUGAAGGGAAAGGAGGACAAGAUUGCAGUUCUUGUCGGGACUGUUACUGAUGACAUUCGAGUGCAUGAAGUCCCUGCUCUAAAGGUUACUGCUUUGAGGUUUACUGAAACCGCAAGAGCCCGAAUCGAAAAGGCCGGUGGUGAAUGCUUGACCUUUGACCAGCUUGCACUUAAAGCACCCCUUGGGCAAAACACAGUUCUCUUGAGAGGGUCGACCAAGGCUCGUGAAGCAGUGAAGCAUUUUGGCCCAGCUCCUGGUGUUCCACACAGUCACACCAAGCCCUAUGUGAGAUCUAAGGGAAGGAAGUUCGAGAGGGCUCGAGGGAAGAGAAACAGCAGGGGUUUCAGGGUUUGAGUUGUUUACUGCCUUGCAAUUUUUUCUGCAGCACUUAACUUCUUCUGUGUUUGCAAGUACCAUUUGCCAUUUCACUACAUACUUGUGCUUCNUUCAAAAAAAAAAAAAAAAACACUUUGUGCAAUAUUAUUGGUGAAAUCUAGUUGCAAAAGUUUUGACUGCUAAGUACCCUCAUUUUGUAUUGCCAUCUCCAUAAUACAAUUAUGUUAUGCCGCUGUCUAUUUACCAUUCUUCUGUGUUAUAACUUUUACUUGACUGAGGGAAGCUGUGUUGUUCUGAACAAAGCUCAGCUGAGUUCUUGGAUAGAGCAAGAAUU